GUCAUACUGAAUACAAAUAUAUUGCUAUUGCCAAUUCGGAUUACAUACCUUUAAUAACGACGAUUUACAGUUCAUUCAUUAACAUGUUUAAAUAGGAAAACCGUUGUUCAGUGAUGGAUGUCAAAAUACUCCAUAUGCAGUAAGUGAAACCCGAUUGGAUAACAGACACAGGGGAACAAACAACAAACAGCAGACACGAUGUGGGACAAACAAGUGAAAAAAUCCCACGCUGUUGACUUGAUGAUAUCCAUCGAAAACCAGAAUUUGGCAGAGGUUAAGGCCAUUAUCGAACCUUACGUGAAUAAACCAAGCCUACAGCUGCUUUGUACGGCCGAGGCUAGGAAGAGAGUCUCUCGGGAGUGUGACUGUGCCUUAUUCCUAGCUGCGAAACUCAGUGACCCAGCAAUCCUUAAAUAUCUCCUCGAAGUUGGCGUUGAACCAAAUUUUGUGAGAAAAGAGGGGUUUGAUAAGACGUCUGCAUUACACAUCGCUGCAGGGUUUGGAAUCCAUGAUAAUGCAAGUGCUCUACUUGCUGCUAACGCGGACCCUAAUAAACAGGACUCAAAUGGACAAACACCGUUACACUUUGCAAUUAAAGAUGCAGACUUUGAAAUGGCUAAACUCCUCUUAUCAUUUGGAGCAAAUGCUGAUUUGACAGAUAAAAACUUUAAUGCUCCGAUUCACAUUGCUUCCAAAUACGGGCACUCUGAACUUGCUAACCUCAUUCUUUCAUACGGUGCCAACUUGUACCUCCGGGGCUACAGCGGGGCCACACCAAUACAUAUAGCGUCAUCUGAGGGUCAUAUCGCUCUUUUGAACAUCUUCUAUUCCUACAAAUGUAACUUUAAUCUGAAAGUACCAUGUUAUUACGGCAAUCGGGAGCAAACGGCACUUCAUAUUGCAUGUGAAAAGGCACAUGUUCAAGUCGUACAACAGCUCGUGGAAAAUUUCGAUGCUGAUACAAAUAUUCUUGACUCACAUUCUCAGAGUCCUCUUCAUUGUUUACUGCAGCAUCCCCAUGACCCAAAAAGAAUGAAAGCUAUUGACAAUUAUAAUGAUGUGGCCAAAAUAUUGAUCAAACACAAGGUAAACAUCAACAAACAGAAUAUCAGGGGUGAAACGGCUUUACAUCUGGCUGUGAAACAUCGAUUCCACAGAAUCAUUGAGCUACUACUGGCAGCCGGCGCAGACUUCAACGCUGAAACUUACUCAGGUAAAAAAGCAAUAGAUUUAGUUCCUGGUGGCGAUUCUGACGUAACAGCCAUGCUACGGGAUGUCAUCAAUAUGAACCCCAACAGAAGAAUGAUUCACUUUAAUUCGACCUCAGAUCUGAGUAGUCCAAGAUCCAACCGAAGCCUUGGUACAAGAAGUCAUAGUACAAGAAGCCUCACCCGAAGCAUGUCUUCCAGCUCAUACGAGACGGCAAUGGAUCAAGAAAGCAGUUAUAGUACAUGCGCGGAGAGUCUUAAAGGCAGUAGCAUUUCUGGUAGCGUCAAUGGGCCACAUUGGACUCUCAUUGAUGAUAGAUCAGACGCUGGAAGUAGAACGAGUCGCAGUACACUGAAUGCUGAUGAAGAACCUUGUUAUGCUGAGAUACCUGAACAACAAGGAGAACACGUAUAUAUGUCAAUGGAGGAUGUAAAGCGUGAACGAAUGGCAAAACGACCUGAAUUCAACUCUAAAGCGCUGCCACCCCCACGGUCACCUCGUCCGAAGGCAGCUGAGCCACCACCUGUACCAUGUAGGACUUCAAAACCAAUAUAUGAUGAACUGAAUCCAUCCAGUACGUUGUGGGAUGGCUAUGAACGCCCUGUGAACAAUAACAAACUAAAACGUAUGAACCACAUUUCCCCUCCUCCAACAUCAAAUUCCUUAGAGAUGAAUCGCUGUUUGGACGACUUCCCCACAGAAUAUGCAUCCUCCAAAAAUGCACCACAAGCUCGGUCAACUCCAAAUAUGUCCGAUGAAAGAAACAAACAAGCCGUGAAGGAACUCGGUGAUCAAUUGAGUAAAUCUAAUCUUGUUCAAAUGAAAACAAAAUCAAGUAAACGAGGCCAGAGUUCUACAACUGCUUCAGCUGAAACUGUCGGAAGCAUGGAUUCGGGUCUUGGCAUGAGAUAUUCAACUAGUAAAUCCAACAGACGUCGAUCCCUCAGUGAACACUCUGACAGUGAUGACUGUACUACAGACGAUGAUUCUGAUACCAAUGCAAAGUCGAGCCCAGUUUCUAAAGCUUCUUGUAGUAAAAACACUCAGGGUUAUACUGACAAUGCAGUUACUAAUUACCAAUCCAAGGCACAGAAGCGAGCUAAAGCAAAAAGGUCUCCAACCAGUGAAGAGCCCAAUUAUCCUACUAUUCGUGAAGUGAUUUACCCCGUUGAGAGAGUGAUAAACUUUGUAGUGGACAUUGAAACAGAUGUGCCAACCUGGAGGUUGUUUGAACCUGUGUAUGGCAAGGCGUCGACAAUGGAUCCACUUAAGAGUAUUUUGUAUAGCACAGAUCUGCAGCUGGUCAAGGUCGAAGAGAAAACUCUGAAUUCAAUCAAAACAGAAAGUGUCAUUGUCAAUGAUUCUCUUGAGUUCAGCUUAGAAAACGAUGUUGAAAGUUUCACAAGUGAUGGACAAUCAAGUGAAGCAUCUGAUGAUGAUAUCGAAGAAUUAGUUGAAGUAAAUCAGACUAUACUUCAGUCCCCUGUGAAGUCACCUGUUGUCAGAGAAAAACGUGCCGACAGUGGGUACCAGGAUGUAUCAUCCUCAGAUGACGAAAACCGAUUGAUGAACUCUAGCAAUGAAUCGGAAUCAGCAGUGUUCAAUGUUUCUCAAGUAAAUAAGGUAGCUUCGAGUACAACAUUCUUUGAACAGGAGAUAACACGUGUCAACAAUCGUUUUGAUAGAGACAGUGGCGUUCCUACUACAGAUGAUUCAAAAGAUAGUAGUCUGGACGAUAUCUUGAAUCUCGAGGGUCAGGCUCCACGCAUUGUAUCUUUAAGCGUGAAUUUGGGUAAAGCUGGACAUAGCACAGACACUAGCUCUGAUGACGACGGAAAGAAAAACACAAAUGUUACGAUGACUUUUAACUCAAAUCCUUCAUCAAGACGCUACACUAUUGGCAGUAUCGAUGACGCUAAGAAUGUCGUUGUGGAAAGAAGUAACGGAUCUAGCGACGAUGAGGUUAGGCGUUCUUUAAGUCAAAGUGUUGAACAACUCACGUGUUAUCUUCCUUAUGACUCCACAGAAUCGCAUGAUGAAAGUAUUUCUCCAAUUAAUAUCAAAUCUAUCGAUAGUUUGGCAUUGUCAUGCCUUGAUAUGUGGCCAACACGUAAUACACCUGAACAAUCAAAUCAUGAGAGCGAGGAUGAUGAAGAAAUUUGCGAAGUUAUAAAUUCUGAUGUUUUAUCACCCGAUUCGCGAUAUUACAAACUUGUUCAGGUCAGCGAACCUAACUCCCCUCUUGUAAUUAAGUCCAAUACAAAUAAUCCAGUUAUACACUCACUUGCCCUCCCACCCAUAUCAAAACAGAAUGAUAACACUGAAGAUGACUCAGAUAGUUCUGAGUCAAUAAAGACAACAAGCGAAUCGAGUUAUGGAAGUGAUUCUGAAACUUCUGACUCAUCUGAUAGUUAUGAGUUAGACUCGUCACCUCAGCAACCUCAAAAUGGAUUAGAGAAAGUCAAACAAGCAUUAUCAGCCAUUCAAAGUUCAUUAGAGUCGGAAUCCGAGAAUGAAACUAGUGAUGUUGAAUCAAUAAGGAAAACUGAUAACACAAUGUGCCAAUUAAGCGAUGAUCUAUCAGAUAAAAGUUCAUCUGAUCAAGAUAUAACAUUAGGCAACAGUGAAACAGAGGACGACUCUGAUACAUCAAAUGACAGCGACUCCUCUGGAACAUAUGACUUUUCUACAUGUUCUAAACAAGAAGAAUUUGAUGGAUUUGAGAAGGUUAAGAAUCUGUUAGCGAAUAUUAGUGAUACUGAAACCAACCAAUCUGAGUCUGAUACAAAUGAAUCUGCUCAAGAUGAAUUGGACUCUUCCGACACUUCGUUUGAUAUAAAUGACACUGCAACAGAAGAUACUUCAGAUGUAAAUUCGUAUGCUACAGUAAGUGAGGAGGAUGAUGAUAGUGAUUCGUCAGGCAGUUAUGAUCUUGAUGCAACCCCUACUAAAUCGACACAUCGUGCUCCUGUACUUCAGAGUCCUGUUAAAAUAAAACAAGGCCCUAUUAGUCUAGAUUCAAUACAAGAGGAUGAGAAUAGUGAUGGUGAAGAACCAGAAGAUGCAGCAGAAGAGCAAAAUGCAGCAAUUGAAGAUGAGGACCAAAAUACUUCAUCUAGUGAUUUAGAUCAUUCAUCAGCCAGUGAAUCAUCUCAGAAGGACAGUUCCACCUCCGACAGCUCAACCGGCAGUGAAAACGAUGACAACGUUGCCUCGUAUAAUAUAACAGAUCUUAUAGAAUCGGACAAGGAAAGUAUUUCUGGUGUGGUAGUGGAUAAUAACAUAAAUAUGUUAGUUGAUCUUGAAAGUGGAAUUGUUGAGCAUCCCGUUGAAAUAACACAAGAUGAUGCGUCUCCUCGCGUAGAAGCCCCUAAUCAAGAGAAUAACAUUAAUUGGGCAUCAUUGACAUCGGGAACUCAAUACCAAAAGCCAAUAUCUAAACUUACUGACACGAUUAUGAAAGCAGAAGACACAAUAAGUGUACUUUCUAACAGUUCAUCCCUAGCUUGGGAUUUGUAUAGCCCGGAUUCUAACACUAGUAACAGUGAUCACAAUGACCUUGAUACCAUGGUAACCAAAAUAGCUUCUUCUGAAGACAAUUUGCCAUCUGCCAAUUUGGACGAAGAUGUCCUCAAUUAUAAGUCAUCUCAGUUCGCUGACACUUGCAUCAGUGGUAUUCCUUUUGACCGACUAAGUCAUGAUGGCGAAGCUAAACAGAUUGAGGAACCCCGAUUUAUAUCAUUUGACAGAACACAAGAUGAUCAUGAUGUCAUAAAGCUGGCAGGAGGUAACGCAACUGGCGUGUAUGUGGCUUACGUAAAUGAACAAUCUCAAGUGUGUACUCGAGGUCUGAAAUCUGGGGACAGGCUGUUGAGGGUAAACGGAGUUGACACUAAAUUCAAAACAAGAGAGGAAGUGACUUUGCUACUUUUAAGUGCCACUGGUGAGGUAAACCUUGUCGUCCAAGAGAAGAUGAACGAAUUUCAAAAGCUUAAAGAGAGCCAUCUAUCGGGUGAUCUUUUUUAUAUAAGAUCUAAUUUCAACUAUCAUAACAUCGAAAAAGAGGACCUCAAGUUCCGCGUUGGAGACAUCAUGUGUGUGACCAACACAAUGUAUAAUGAACAGUUGGGAUCGUGGGAGGCUGUCAAGCUGGACAAGAGCAACAACGACCGCAAAAAGGGCAAAAUUCCUAAUAAAGACAGAGCCGAACAACUAGCCUUGGCUCAGACCAAACUUGGCCCAACAACGAAGAAGAGUAAGCCUGGUGUGUUCAGGAGAGCAGGAAGAAAAUGGGCGAAAACUAGAAAGAAACAAAAACUACAAAGUUACCCCAGCAUUGAUGGAACCCUGGAUGGCUAUGACUUUGUACAGCACAAGACUGCUGAAUACCCCCGACCCGUUGUACUCCUUGGGGGCCUAGCUGAUGUAGCAAUGGAAAAACUGUCGUCUGCUUAUCCCGAAAAAUAUCAAAUUCCUGAAUCAACCUGCAGUUCGAGUGAUAGUGUUGAUAACAUUGAAUACGGUAUCGUGAGAGAAAUUAUAGACAGUAACAAACACCCUUUAAUUGAUAUCCAACCGACAGAAAUCCCAAGACUCAUGACAUCACGAUUCAAACCAAUUGUCAUUUUCCUGAAGCACGAUAGCAAGAAGGUCCUAAAAGAUGUGAGAUCAAGGUCACCAAAAACAUCCCCCAAGAACAAUUCAAAGAUACACAAUGAAAGUCUAAAACUUGAGAGAUUACACUCCCAUCUUUUUGAUGACACUGUCAAUGUAAACAAUGAGGAGUGGGUGUCUGAGGUGGAGAACUUAAUAAAUGCACACCAACAAAAGGCAAUUUGGACGAGAAUCAUUAGAGACGACGAAAAUGAACUCGAUAAACUUGAUUUGAAACACAUAAGGAUCAGAGCAAAACCUCUUGUUAGCAGUUUCUUUGGUAGCAACCGUGCUGAGAAAACAGAAUCUUGGUACUCUAAUGUUAGUGAGUCGGAAGAUCAAGUCUUUGAAAAAAUGGCUUUAACUGAAGCUCUACCAGAUCCAGAAAAUUGGAGUCUUGGGUCAUUCAAAUCAGCUGAAAGCUAUCCGAUAUCUGGGAAAUCUGACCGGGAAGAAGAUACCAUGUCUGUUAUUAGCAACGCAAGUGAAUCAGCAAACAGUUCCAAACCCGAAUCCCAAGUCGAUCAGACGCGAGAUGAAAAAAUGCCAAAAUCAUCUACAAUAUCAGAUUCAAAAGAUGUCAGCAAACGCACAUUAUGUGAUCAGUUGGAACAUAAUGUGGAACAAUCGAACCAAAAUGAUUCUGAUUCAAGUUUAUCUGGUAGUGAAAGUGAAGGAACCAGUUACAGUGAAGAAAGUGAUUCGGAAGCCAUUCUAAGUUUCUCACACGAUGGUUCGUACAGUGUAUCAAUAGACAGAUCAGAUAAUUUAUCAGGAUUAACAAAUGUCAUAUCAGAUGAUUCAGACAGUCAUUCUACUAGUUGUUCACGCCAAAGUUUCUGCUCUGAUUCCACAAAUGAUGACAAUUUGUUUUCACCAACUGUCAAACGAAAACUUUCCGACUCCCCCACUGACACGAAGGGUAGCAAAUCCUCACCUAUGGAUACAAAGAAAGUAAGAUUUAGAGAAAUAGACAUGGUGUAUGAAGGAAUGACAAGAUCAAAAUACAGGAAACACAAAGAAGAGGGACAGACAUUAAAAUACAACGGUAUAACAGUCACUCCAGUUUUGUCCCAGUCCGAGUGGGAAACCGUCGAUGUUGAAACGGAAAUCCCCCAACCCGAAGAACCAGUACAACAAAUUCAAUACGACAUGUAUGAGGUCAUGAAACAGAAACGUUUCACAACCAAAAAGAUAAAAAUCCAUUUUAAGAUGGACAAAAAUUGGAAAGACCUUGUAAAAGAGGUAUACGCAACACAACCAGACUACGACUAUGAGUCAACUGAUGAGCUACUCACAGACUCUCCUAAAGGUAAAACUGAGCAUGGGCGGGAUGUAAUGGAGCAUUGGUUACAGAACAGCCAUACCCAUGCUUCACCAGAAGACGCUCGACGUGCGCUUGGUGAAGGAAGGGUUGAACUCCUGGUUGAAGAUCUUCAACGUGCCGCGAACGGUGUGAGGCGACGACUUCAAUUACCUGAAUACGGGAAUCAGGUGACCCUCAUAAGAGGCAGACCAACAGCUCUCUGACAACCUUACCAGAUCAUGGUUCCAUUGGAGCAGUGACAAUAGAACAUACUAUAUACAAUCGUAUAAACAUUACACUUUGUGUCAAACUAAAGGAACAUAAUCAACAGUAUAAACAUUAACAACACACGGACCGAUGGACUUCGUAUGUUAAAGCUACUCACAAUGUUUAGUCACACUACAACGUAAUGAGUUGAACAGGUUACAAAUAUAUGAUAUAUAUGAUGAUCAUACUGAAAUAUAUGCCAUAUUCAACUAAAAACGACGCAUUUCCAGAUUUUAAAUUAUUAUUUUGGAACGUACGUUGCAUUGGUGUCUUUGAUUAAAACCAGCCAUGGCUGCCAUAUUUUGAAAAUGGCUCAUAUCAGCCCAAAUUUUCACUAGAUAAUU